CUUCCUGUUGCUAUCUUCUUCUUGUUCCUUCCCUUUCUCUGGUCCUCCUCGACCACCAUCAUUUCUGGGAAGAUUGUCCAUGUCUGCAUCUCGUCCCGGAAACUAAACAACCUCUACUGCCUCUCCACUGGCGCCCAGUCUCAGCCCAGCUUCGAGCUCCAGGAAUUUCCAGUUUUCAGGAACAUCUCAAGAGUCUUGAGCAAUGAUGAAGAUAUUUUAAAAGAGACUGCCCGGGAAAGUUCAGUUCCAGUUAUGACUUCCUCCGGAGUCCAGAGCAUUGACCACAAUAGCUUGAAAACAAUCUCCAGUGUUGUUCAAGAAAACCCAGUCCCAGUCCCAGUUCCAGUUCUGGUUUCGGUUACUAAGAGUUCUUCUGAAAUUGAGCUGGAGGAGGAGACUGCAGAUGCUAUGAAGGCCGUUAAGGAGCAAUUAGAAGUGCAUAGAUCAUGGGUUUCAUCACAUUCUCGAAAUAAUAUGAAGUGUGAUGGCAGGGGGAUUUAUGUGUAUGAUUUGCCGUCGAAGUUCAACAAGGACCUCAUGGGUCAAUGCAGUGACAUGAUUCCCUGGAUUAAUCUCUGCAAGCAUUUCCAGAACAACGCAAUGGGCGAGCCGAUCCCAAAGCUUGGGGAUCAUUGGUACGGCACCCACAGAUCUCUGGAGCCGAUCUUUCAUUCCAGGAUCCUAAAGCAUCCUUGCAGGGUUUACAAUGAGAAUGAAGCCAAGCUCUUCUAUGUUCCCUUCUAUGGAGGUCUAGAUAUCCUGAGAUGGCAUUUCAAGAAUGUCUCCACUGAAUUAAAAGACAGCCUGUCUCUGGAACUGAUAAAGUGGCUCGAGCAGCAGAAACCGUGGCCGAAAAAUUUUGGGAAGGAUCAUGUCUUUGUACUGGGCAAGAUCUCAUGGGAUUUCAGGAGGAAUAGCGACUCCACUUGGGGGACUAAAUUCCUGGAGCUCCCUCAGAUGCAGAACCCGAUGAAGCUCCUGAUCGAGCGACAGCCCUGGCAUGUGAAUGACAUAGGGAUCCCACACCCGACGAGCUUCCACCCGCGAUCGGACAGUGACAUCAUUGCCUGGCAACAGAAGAUAAUUCAGUCCCCCCGCCGGAGCCUAAUCAGCUUUGCAGGUGCCGCCAGGUCAGGUGCGCCUGAGAACAUCCGUUCACUGCUCAUUAGUCAAUGCAUGGAGGCAGGAGAAGGCAAGUGCCGGUUCCUAGACUGCCGGUCAGAGAAGUGCGACAUGCCCGAGACAGUAAUCGAGACUUUCAUGGAAUCGGAGUUCUGCCUUCAGCCUCAGGGGGACAGUCCGUCAAGGAAGUCACUGUUCGAUUCCCUCGUGUCAGGAUGCAUCCCGGUCCUAUUCGACCCAUUCACAGCCUAUUACCAGUACCCCUGGCACUUGCCUGAGGAACCGGAGAAGUACUCAGUGUUCAUAGACCACAACGAGGUGAGGAAAUCGAGAGUGAAUGUGAUGGAGCGGCUCAUGAAGAUUUCGAGGCAAGAACGAGAGGACAUGAGGAGCUACAUUGCGUAUGAGCUGAUGCCCGGGUUGGUAUACGGCGACCUGAGGGCCGAGUUCAGUAAGUUUCAAGAUGCCUUUUCCAUAGCAGUGAACAAUCUUCUGGAGAGGGCAAGUAGGAUAUGAUCAUAAAUCAAAUACAAGCUUUCUUUAUUUACAUUUUCUUGUUUAUUAAUUGGUUUUGGCCGAGUGACUGCACAUAAUUACUAUCGCUUGUGAGAAAGGAGAUACCCUGUGAUGUAAGUCAGUCAAACUUGUAUUGUCUCAAUAAUUGCA